AUGCCAAACUGGAUAACCAAAGCAGUAAGAACACCAUCACUUACCUCCAGAGUCAGUUUUCCAGAUAUGGUACCAGAUCAGUUAGUGAGUGGUAAUGGUCCCCAAUUCAUAAGUGCAGAAUUCGCAGAGUUUUCUAAAAAAUAUGGGUUCACCCACAUUACAUCAAGUCCUCAUUACCUGCAAGCAAACGGCGAGGCAGAGAGAGCCGUGCAGACUGUGAAGGGUCUUCUCACCAAAGCCAAAGAUCCAUACAAGGCAUUGAUGAACUAUCAAAACACCCCACUGGAAGAAAUAAACCAGUCUCAAGCACAACUAAUGAUGGGUCGUAGACUGAAAACCAGUCUCCCAACAGCAGCACCAUUUCUGAAAUCUCGAGCAUCCGAUGAAGUUCAGCGAAUUAUGAAAAAACAGAAGGAGAAACAAAAGCAAUACUAUGACAAGCGCACAGGAAAAGAAUUACCACCACUUCAACCAGGAGAGACGGCCAAAGUUAUACAUGCCAAAGUUACACACAAGCACCAGUCACCAAGAUCAUAUGUCAUUGAAAGUGAACAAAGACAAAAGUAUCGAAGAAACUGCCAUCACCUGUGUUCCAGUAAACUAUCAGAGAAAGAACAGAGGAGUGAUGUUAAACAUGCAAACACCAAAGAGCCGAGCGUGAGCAGUGACAAAGCAAGAGCCACAGCGAAGAAUGCAGUUGGACAGUCAUGGUAUCAUCAACUCACAACACAAUCCUGUGAUAACAAGGUCUGGACGUGCAAGUAA